UGUUGAUUGAAUAGUUGUUUAUGACAUUUAAAAAAAUCUAAUGUAUGAUCAGCGUAAAUCGCUUUCUGCUGUUUCUUUAGAAUUUUACUUCAUACAACGAUGCAUUGUCGAUUACAUUAUGCCGAUUAUAGUUGUUUUUCAUUCGUAUAGUUCAUACGAAGUAAUAAUAUUAGUACCAUGCACUGGUAUAUGAGCCAAUCAAUUUAAACUAACAGAGAAGAAGUAUGUAAACAAUCUCGGUUGACUCCUGCAAAAACUUAUUUUGUACGUCCGAAAAGAUGAAAAACUAUACUGAGUGCCGUACAUUGCUGUAAAUGCGAAAAUUUAAAUGUUGAAAUAUUUGAGAUCAGCACUCCAGCGAUGAAUAACUGUCUCGGCAAAGGAGAAUGAGAAAAGAAGUGUUGACGGACACGAAGGGAUUUGAUUAAACUCGAUGAUCUGGAUUUUAAAUUGUGUGUCGUGACAUAAUACAAGGAAAGUAAAUGUAAUAAAAUGAUGAUAUAUCAUGUUGUAUAUAAAUCAAAGGGCUGCAAGCUUUGUGGUAUUGUCUGAUCUUUGCAAUCUUAAUCAAACUGUAUAUCUGUAUGUAUUUUCCUGUAUAAGUUUAUUUUGAUAUACAGAGACAUCGCGCUUUAAAUAGAAUGUAGUAUGUUAUUUAAAAGACGAUAUAGAACGGCGAUGCUAGAGUUUGUCAUCCUUUUGUCUGAUCCAUUGAUAUUUAUCCACGGACUUUGUUGAAACACUAUAUGUAAGGUUUUCGCAAUUUAUGUAUAAUUUUGAGUGUAAAUGAGGCAAAAUAGGACCAGUACAUGUUUUCUAUUUCAAAAUACGUUAUGUAAACUUUAAUGUUGUACAAAUGUUGUAUCCUGUUAGUAAAUAAAUUAGACCACCUCAGUGAUAGAUUACAAAUCAGAAGGUCAUUCUUAGCCAAAUAUUCUAAUUGUAUCACAAUUGAAGUAUUAAAGUUUAUAGAUUGUAUUUGAAACAUUGCCAAUUUUAUAUCUUAUACCUUCUAACUCUCAAAAGAUUUGUAAUUAACUUUUUAUGCCUGCCCUAAAACAUUGUUUAUGUAAAUAUAGAUAACGGCAAGGUUAACGAUCUGUUAGCACAAUCUGUUUUAUCAAGUAUUCAAUGUUCAUAUCACGUAUGCAUUUAGUUUAGAGUUCUUGAAGGACAAUUUCUAUUUAGUUUUUGGAUGAUUUAAAAAGGUCAAGAAAAUGGCACAUGUAGCGUUAAUACAUCAGGCUAAGAUGAGAAACGCUUUAUCAGCAUCAUCCGAAAGCUAUGGAAUAAAACGGUCACCGAGUAACAGGAGGGAAGCAAGCUCGGCUGCACAAUGCUUGUCACACCUUUGCCUCUCAGAACAUCUUUCUGACAUUUACUUUACCUUCAGCGACGAUGAAAGUGUGAAACUACCAGCUCAUAAAUUUGUAUUGAGCAUGCGAAGCGCAGUGUUUGAAACCAUGUUUUAUGGAUCACUUUCAGAGGAAGGAGAAUACGUUGCACUCAAAGAUGUAAACCCAGAAGUGAUGAGAACAGUUUUAAGAUAUGUUUACUCCGACAAUCCUGACUUAGACGGUAAAAAUGUCUUACCUUGUUUGUAUACAGCGAAAAAGUACCAAUUCUUAGGUCUUGUUGAACUAUGCUCCGAUUUUCUUGAAAAGAACAUCGACGUGAAAAAUGUUUGUCAGAUCAUAGAGCAGGCAAUAUUUUAUGAAAUGGAACCUCUAAAAGAGAGAUGCCUUUCAUUCAUCACGAAAAACGCCACAAAAGUUCUUUCUUCUCCAGGCUUUAUUAAUUUGUCACACGCAACAUUGUUGAAUAUUCUUAAAAGUGAUGAAUUAGAGUGCGAUGAAAUUUAUAUAUUUAAAGCAACAAUGAAAUGGGCGGAACACAAAUGUGAGUCUAAAUCUGGACAAAAUAUUCGGGAUCAGCUUGGAGAAGUUUUGUAUCAGAUAAGGUUUCCGAUCAUACCGAUGGAAAAAUUUGCGCGAGUUGUUACCCCAUCUGGAAUACUAACCAAUGAAGAGAUAGUGAUGCUGUAUCAAUUUACCGCAACAAAAGGUUCGACACCUUUGGGAAAAUUCAGACAAGAAGAACGGAAUGGAGCACAAAUUACUUUAAACCUCAGGACGUUAAAGUAUAGUCAGCAACAUAUGAGUACAAGCGAUUGCUUUUCCUUAAAUAUUCAAUAUAACAAUUCUUCAAGACAGCUUCAAUAUCUUGAGCGCAAAAUUGAUCUGUGUAGUAAAUCUGUAAGAUUGAAGUCUGUCACUGGAACGUUUGUUCGAAAUGUAAAAGGAAUCACCAUUAGCGGAGUGAAAAGACGUGAUUACGAAACUAAUGGGGAUAAAAUUAUCUUCAUGAAUCCGAUCGAUAUGUCUGACAAUAUCAAUGUACAGUUUCAUUCCCGGAAAGAACAAAAUGGUUAUUAUUACAGUGGAUGCCUAGAAGGAAACAAUACCACAUAUCGUUGUAACAUAUCGGAAAAAGUGAAAGGACAGGAUAUUAUAAUAACCAGUAUUCCUGACGGCUUAGAAACCAUAUCCUUCGUUUGAAUGUAAAGACAGGCAGUUCCACGUAUCUUUAGGAUGUUUUCGAGCAAAGUAUAGAAAAACAUAUUUGAAGGUGAAAAAUCAUUGUAGAAAUGGAAGUAAUAGAUUUUUGUUCAUGAACAAGUUUAUUGAAACUUGAGGAAAAACAUAACUUUUUAUGAACAAUAUAAGUUUUGCUAUGGUUGAUUGUAAUUGGAAAUUUACUUUGUGCCUUGUUGAAAUGUUUGUUUGUUAAUCGGUCUACAACAGAUAUAUUGAGCUUUUAAUGACCUUGACCGUCAAGGUCGAAGUCUUGACUUUUGGUUAAAUUGUUAUUUUAUUUAAUUUUGUUAUUUUAUGUACGGAUUUGAUUUAAACUUGGACAAAACAAGACUUGCAAUCAAACAGGUAUAUUGAAUAAUAUAGACGUGACCUUGUUUUUUCUGUAACUGGCUAUAACUUUUAUUGUUUUUUUUAUAUUAAUUGAUUAACUUCAUAUUAAGACACUACAUCUUUUAGACCAGGACCUUCAUGUAUAUUAAACUCAAACUGACUUUGACUCAUGUAUGACCUUGACCUUGAAGGUCAAUUUUAUUUUUAUUUCACUGAUUAUCGCUAUAAUUGGCUUUUACUUGGUUUGUUUGUUUGUUUGUUUGUUUGAUUGGGCUUUAAGUAACAUCGACAUAGUAUAUGUCAUAUAGCGACGUUCCAGCUUUACUGAUGAAGGAAGACUUUAAGUGCUCUUCCGUGCAAUGUGUCAGGCAUAAACGGGCAUCUGAGUGGAACCACUGACAUUCCUUAAGCGAGCAGGAUAGCUUCCUAACAUGAAAGAAUCCAAAGUCAAUGUCGGGAUUCGAACCCACAGCGAUGAUGGGCAAGUGGUUUAAAGUCAACGACCUAAACCACUCGGCCACGGACGCCCCCCUUUUACUUGGUAAUAAGUCAGUAGAUUAUUUUCAUACUUUGACAAACCAACCUUGUGGACAAUACAUUCUAAAAGGUUCAACUGAAAUGUCGUUCACGCCGUUAAGAUCAAAGUAUUGAAUUUUGGUUAAAUUGAUAUAAUUAUGCUAUUUAUGUACGGAUCUGAUGCAUAUGUGGACAAACAAACACCCUUGACCAAACAGACAUGUAGAAUAAUUCAGAUAUGAUAUUGACCUUAAAAUGACCUUGACGUCAUUUUGAUUAAAUUUUGAUUAUAUUUUCUUAGAUUUGUCAUUUAUUUAUGGAAAGGAUUCAUAUUGGACAAAACAAACAAAAUGUGACUAGUUAGACCUACUAAAAUUAAAAUGAGGAAAAACUUAAA